UACUUUGAGGUUUGCAUUUAUUCUGUGUUAAAAUAUUAACACAGUAUUAGUGUCAUCAUUUAGCAUGUCCAUAUGAUGUUAAAUUAACACAAAAAUUUGUGUGGGCCGUUCGGAACAUGUUUGAUAUCUGUUAAAGUUAACACAAAUUUUUCAACUGUGUGUGAUGUCUUAUUAUUGCUUUUCGAAAGAAAUCGUUUUUUUUUUUACUUAUUAACACGCAGCUUCCUCUUAACCAGUAAGAUAAUUAAGUACGCCGUCACGCGUGACACACGCAGAAUCUAUGAUUAUCUUUGGUGAUUAAUAUCGGCUCGAUGCGAUCUUCGGGCUUAUUAAACGCACAUGGAAAUCGAACAUCGCGUUUUCCGAUAUGCGCAAAAAAAUCCAGGUUUUAGUUAUCGGAAGCUGGAGCUCUCCAUAUCUAUAUUACUAUCGGAGGAUAUUAAAAUGCUAUUGAGGAUACUUCGGACCGAUUAUCACCGAAAGUGUAUGCGUGUGUGUGUGUGUGUGUGUGUGUGUGUGUGUAUGCGUGAAAGCUUUAAUUAAAUUCUUUUUUAAUAAUAAAAAAAUCUGGCUUAAAAAAAAUAUAUAAAAUCUUCAUAUGUAUCAUCGAUAAUUUUCCACUUCGUUACGAUUGCUGCAAAGUUUUUGCUAUUUAAGCCUUCCUUUUACGAUCGAUCAGAAUUAGAUGCGGAAAAGAAAGCGUGCGAAAAGCGAUGUAGAACAAUAUAUAAAAAAUUACGAUAAAGCAAAUUUCUUAUGUAAGCCUUUCGAGCGUCUUUCGAAUUGCAACAUGGCGCAUGACAAAUGGAAAUGCAAUCGAAAGCUGAAUUUUUGAACGCGAGUGAGAACGAAAGAGAGGGAAAAGCGAGAGUGAGAGAAAACAUAUGCGAGAAGGCAAGCAAGAGCGCGCGAGAAGACGAGAGACAGAGAGAGAGAGAGAGAGAGAGAGAGAACGAGAUCGACAUAAAGUAAUCAAAGGGCAUUUUGUUGUGGGAUCUCUGCGAGAAUGAAUGCGAGAGAGUGAUGGCGAAACGAUGGCGGUUGCGUACGUGGUUUAUAGUUUUCAAACAUGUGAUACGUCAGCCGGCAAGCUCGACUCCGGGCAUGCAUCGGAAAGAAGCCGGCUGGGUCUCUUCCGGUCAGCAAAUUAAAAGGGGGCCGCGAAUAUGUGUCGGAAGUGUCGCAUCGGAGGUCGAAGCUGGCUGGGUGGCGCACCUUUCGAAGGUUCUUUGAAGUGUAGAACGCUCUUUUGUUGACGGUUGAUUGUUGUCAAAAUGGUUGUGAGGUACAUUACUAUUUGAAGUAUAUUAACGAGAGAGAGAGAGAGAGAGAGAGAGAGAGAGAGAGAGAGAAUGAGAGAGGGAGAGAGAGAGAGAGUUAUACGAGGGGCGGAUGUGAUGCGGGCUCGGCGAGAGAUGUCACGCGAUUUCGAUCAACGAAAUAUAAAUGUACGAUUCGAUAGAGUCGACCAGAGUCUCGCGGGAAGGAUUCGCGCCAAAAAUUUUCCCCGAAAGUUCGAAGUCGCGUCGCGUCUCGCGAGACGGGACGAGAGGAAAAAACGUGCGCUCUCGCGGGAUCCCCGCCGCGUGUCGGAGGGGUGGGGUCAGGGGCGGGGGCGGCAAAAAAAUGAGCGGUAAAUUCAUGGCGUGUAAAUUUGCUUUUUGACGUGGUCGAUGACAUUGCACGUGAGAGUUCGUUAACUAGUCCGGGCGUUGCGAUUGCUUUUAUUUAAUUCCGCGGCUCGUAAUUGAUACGAUUGCGUCGAAAACCGAUCGAGUCGAUUCAAGUGUCGAAUUCUCGAAUUAUCUAUUCGAUGAUCGACUGUAAAUGUCAUUGCUCGUGCGAAAAUAUUGGACGAUAUGCGAAAACAAUCGCUCGUAUCUUCUCACUCAGCAACAGUCUGAUAACAAAUAACUUGUUUAUUUAUUUUGUUUAAUUGCGUUCAAAAAUUACAUUCAACUCUCGAUCAUCCAUAUGCUGCAUUCUAAUCCGUAAAUUCUUUACAUUUCUUUUUUUUAUAAUUUUUUUUAUUCAUACGAAUUUAAUGUUUCAUAUAAAAUAUAUAUAUAUAUAUAUAUAUAUAUAUAUUUGUACGUUAAUGUUGAUUUAGAUUUUAUUCACAAAUUUUGUUAAUUGUGAUGCUUAUGCUAAUUAUACGUUAAAUCGUAUAACGAAAAAUUCGCAAUUGCGGAAGGUGAUAAAAGAGAAGAGAUUAGAGACCGCGAGAGCGACGAGAGUCAAUUUAGAAAAAACGUGCAAUUUACUGUAAAUUGCCAUUGUUAAUUAUAUAUACAUAUAUAUAUAUAUUGUAAUUAAACACACACACGCGCGCGCGGUGAUUAGACGAAUUGGAAGGCCACAAAGGAGGCUGAAUGCUUUUGCGAAUGUCUUUGCGAGCGCACGUUUUCCCCUCGCGGAAAGACGAACGUGUUACACAGACAGUCGUCUCCGAAAGAGAAGUGCGUACAACUGGCAUUAUAUACAUUAUACGCGGAGUCCGAUCCGAAUCGAUGGCGUCGCGACGCUCUUUCGCGGAGACGCUCCGACGAGGACGCAGACGCGCAUUCCGAUCGGGUCUCGGCGGAAGGAAAAUAUGAGACUGAUAUAAAGCAGUAUUCGAGUGCGAGAAAAUUGUAAAUUCGCGAACGAAUUAUUAUACGCGGCGUAGCCUUAAUAAGAAAGAUUAAUUAGGUUUAUAUUCUCGGCGAUAAAAAAAUUAUCUCAAUUGGCUGUAAACGAAAAAAAAAGAAAAAGAAAAAAAAAAAAAAGGAAAUAAGUAGAAGGAAAAAAGACACGUUACCUCUCGUCGAGGAUCGACGCCCUCGGAGAUGUCCGCCCUUGCACGACGACGUAUCUCUUAUGUAUAGUGAGAAUAAUGUUAUUAGGUAAACUUAAGCGUACUUUUUAAAAGAGCGAACGGAGAGGAGAGAAACGGAAUGCAAUGCCAGUUGUAAAACGAUAGAUAACGAUAAAAAGGACGUGUGCCUCUCUCGAUCAAGACACUCGUUCUCAUGAGUGAUAACGAUGGAAAAACGAGGGAAAAGUAGAACGUCAGUGGAAAGACGGAGGGAAAAAAGCAGCGUCGAUAUUGAGGGGGCGGGAGGGGGUAGAAAGGGAGGAAGCGGGAAGUAACGCGGGCAUCCCGAGGUAUGGGAAAAAGCGACAUGUAUGUAUAUAUAUAUAAUCGCGAUAAAUAUAUAUUUAUCGGCCGUCGGGGAUCGACGCUUUUCGUUCUUUUCUUCUUUCAUCACUUUUUUCUUUUUGUUCUCGUCUUUUGUUGCGCCAUUUUUUGCGGUAUCGGUUUAUUUUUAUUUUUAUUUUUUUUUUUUUCGGAGACAACCUGUCGCCGCGCGACAGAGAUACGAUUCCGCGAGUGCACGCGCUCUCGCGCACACGCAAACGCUGUUCAUGUGUAUGCGCGAUAGAUUAUUUCGGAAUACACGGAUGUACGAGGGGGAGGAUGGUGGGAGGGGGAGGGGGAGGGAAGAGAAAGAGAAGAAGAAGGGGAACAAGGGGAGAAAUAGAGAAACGACAGCUUUACCGAUAGUGAAAACAGUAGUUAUUUGCAACACGUGCACACACACACACACAUACACACGCGCACACACACACACACACACACACAUACACACGCAUUACACAUGUAAAGCGAUUCAAGCGAUACACACACAAAAAAAAAAUUGUAUGAAUAUAACGAUUGCAGUUAGGUGGGACCAAAAACGACUUUAUAUCUCUAUGUGCAUAUCCAAGCAACGUGUAAUUUAAUUAAUGAAUUAAUUAAUUAUCCAUUAUUAAUGAUUAGAUAAAGUAAAAGAUCCAUCGAUAGCAAUCGAGAACAAUGACGAUUAACGAAUAAUUAGUCUAUUAAGUUUGUUUAUUGAUACAUUAUUCUAUGAUAUAAUUAUUAUUAUUAUUAUUAUUAACUUUAUUGCUUUUAUUAUUAUUAUUAUUAUUAUUAUUAUUAUUAUUAUUAUUUUAUUAUUGCAUUGAUUAAUAUGGCGAUAAUAAUAUUAUUAUUUAAACAAUGUUUUAAGGCGAUCAUUUUUAGAUAUUGAGUAGAAAACAAGUACGUAUCUAUAAUUAUUAAUUAUUUUUAAUUAUUAUUAUAUAUAUUCUUAUUAUUAUUAUAUUAUUAUUAUUAUUAUUAUGAGACAUUUUGUUGUAUUAUUUUCAAUAAAAUCAAUUGAAAAAUAUUUAAUUUAUCGAUUGGUUGUGGUUACCGCUUCUCCGAAUGUAUCGUGCAACCGCAUGUUUUCAAUUUCUUUUCAUCAAUUUUGACGCCCGUAAUGUGGAUAACGCGAUUACACGUUUCUUUUUAAUUUAUUAUACAUGAAGUGGAUGCGAAAAUAAUUUAACAAUGAAAGAGAUUGAAACAUUUAAUUUUUUUUUGUUCGUACACGGGGAAGCGCACCUUAUCCUAAAAUUAUCCGUCUCAUAAAAGGAUUGUUUGCGAUCGCACGGGCAAGUUUUCUGAAAUUCUUAAUAGAGAUUUCUGAAUGCAUUACUCCGAAGGUAUAUGGGAUAAAGAUACAAUGGCACUUUUAUUGCCAUUACAUGAUUCUAAAAUAUUCACUGAAGUUUUAUUUAUAAAAUCUUGACCUUUGAUUAAUUUAGAUUUAUUUGAAACAUAUAUUUGAAAAGUAAUCGUGAACUUGUUAAUUGAUUUAUUUAGUAUCUAUCGUAAAAUUAUUGUUUUUAAAGUAUUGUUAGAGAUAGACAUAGAAAUUAAAAAUGACUGCGAAUUAAUGCUAUGGCCAAUAAUAGAAGAACUAAAGAAAUAACUGCUACAGAUUUUCUCAAUAAACGGAUCAAUAAUAUAGUCUUAUUUAAUAAACAUAUAAAGGAAUUUUUAUACACGUUACGCGAAUAUUAAAAUGCACAAAUUGCAUUCGUUGAACAUUAUUUUUUGUUAUUAAUAACUGACAGAUUGUUCGAGUUAAAAACGUUACAUUUAAUGAUGGUGAUCGAAUUUUUUUUAGAUAUUUUUAAAAUUUGUGAAUUUUCUGGGAUAUUAGAGCUAUUUGAAAAAAAUGUAUGAAUUUUUAUUUUGUCAGAUCUCCGAUGAAUCUUUUUAUUUGGAAGAAGACUUGACGACACAUCGUAAUUUGCGAUCGCAACUGCCACUAUCCCUAUCUGUAUAUUCUUUUCUUGUACCUUAUUUUACUUUGAUUCAAAGCCUUUGAUUGUGAUUGAGUUCGUAGUCGCGUCUGUAUACGAUUAUCUCUCCGCUACCCUCCAAUCAUCCAAUUCUUCGAAUCCUUCCUCUUUGUACACCUCUCUAUCCCUCUUACUCUCAUAUGUCUCUGGAUAAUUUUCGUGAUUGAAAACGGUGGGGGGAGCGGGAGAGGGCAGGGAGGAAGGAGACGAAAUAAGGCUAUCAUAAGCGUGAAAGAAACGGAGAAUGCGAGAUAAAUCUGGAGGGUGGGGGGGAGGGGUGGAGAGAGGGGAGAACGAUAUAAUAAAGCGAAAGCCAGAGAGAGAGAAAAAGAGCGUGUUAUACAUAUAUUAUGAGACAAAAAAGAAAUGGAAAAAAAAAGACUAAAUGACGAAAGAAGAAGAAGAAGAAGAAGAAGAAGAAGAAGAAGAAGAAAGCACGGAACAAUAGGAACAAAUGAGGAAAAAUAGUUGUAAAAGAGCCACAUAACACAUAAACGCGUACACACGACACGAGAAAAAAAAAAGAAACACAAAUGUACUAAGUAAGUUCAUACUGCGUAUUGCCUUUCUGACUUCGAUGUGAAAAUAUAUAAAUAAAAAAAGUCAGUCGCGCCGGGGCACGCGUGUAUGUUUUCGCGCGUAUAUAUAUUAUAUAUUAUAUAUUAUAGUUAUAUUAGAGCAUUUUUUUGACAAGAGAAAGAAAGAGAGAGAGAGAGAGAGAGAGAGAGAGAGAGAGAGAGAGAGAGAGCGAGAGAGAGAGAAAGAGACGAGGAUUAUAGCUGUUUCCGCUUCUUCCCGAUCAGCCUUUUUCUCUUCAUAUUUGCUUUUGGAAUUCGAGAAUACUUCGACACGUACAAAUGAAAAAGAAGAUAUAAUGCAUUUUUCGAGGUCGCUAUCGCGUCUAAUCUAAUUCUCUGAAUUUAAGCCAUAUAUAUAUAUAUAUAUAUAUAUAUAUAUAUAUAUAUUUGAUUGGAUCAAUGGCGGUCGCGGAAGCAGCGGACGGCGAUGUCCGUCGCGAAAACUUUUUUCACGAUUCCGUAAGAAGAGAAGUCAGACGCCGCGCGCGCGCGCGAAGUCCGCGCGUCCCCGCCGACUGUGUCUGUUUCAUGUUUUUCAAUAUUUGUAAUUUAUCGAUAAAAUUAUAAAAGGUAUCGAUACAUAACAGUCUAAAGUGUGCGCUACUCUACAUAAUAUUAUUAUAUAUAAAGUAUAAAAGUAUACAUUAUAUAUAUAUAUUAUAUAUAUAUACAUAUAUAUUAUAUAUGAAAAAGUAUAAUAUAUAUAUAUUAUACAUACAUUGGGAUUGGUGAGAAUAUACGGUUUUUUCGCUUUGGAGUGUUAUUUUCUGAAAAUAUUGAACAAAAUAUGGAAAAAAAAUUAAUAAAACCAAUGAGUAAAAACAAAACAAAGGCCGUCUACCUGUUGAUUUUUUUUUUUUUAUUCUCACCCGAUAUACUACGGCCCGCCGUCGUCAAUGACGCGACGACGGACGGGGCCGAUUCUCUGCUGGAUUUUGCAAUUGCAUUCACAUCGAGCGCGAGCGCGCGCAGGUGUGUGAGUGUCGGAUAUGCGAAUAACUUUAUAUGACGCAUGGCGUAACCUGGUUUUUUUCAAUUUAUAAUACACAAAAUUAUUAAAUCCAUGUCGAACUCUGAAGGAGAUUCAACAGAUGAAGGGGAGCGUGAUAAAAAUGAAAAGGAGGUUAUUUAAUAUAGUAUAAUUAUAUAUAUUCAACAAAUUUAUUUUUAACAUUUUCUCUUGAUUCCCAAAACACUCAGUUUUAAAAAGAUUUAAAUAAUAUAUCAUUAGCUUUAUAAAUGAGUAUACGCAAACAUGUAUUUUUAAACUGUUAAUUUUGAGAUAUCAUCUCGCAAAUGCGUGUUUAUUUUAUGACAUAUAUAUAUAUAUAUAUAUAUAUAUACGUUUAUUGAUUUUGUCAUUAAAGCAAACGUCACUAUAUCGCGACAGUAAUAAUUCUGUAAAAAUUUUAUAUUUCCAUUCGACGUUUAUUAAAAGUGCCAGAUAUCUGAAAGAGUUAUGUAUAUGCCGACUCUUCCAAGUACUUUUGACAGUCUCGUCGGCAAGACGGUGAAGAUCAAGACGGAGGAGCCGCAGUAUCUCAUCGAAUUGCUAGGUGAUGUACUGGGAGUUACAGAUUACAAAACUAACAAAGCUGCUUUCUGGUUCUUGAACACUAUAGCGCUGCAACUUUUACAUUAUAAAAAUUGUCUAGAUGAUCACCAUAUAAGUGUUCUAAUUAGCUGGUUGGCCGGCGAAAUGAAAUUAAUUCGAGAUAAAAAACUCUCGCGUGAAGAUUUUUUCAAGGAAAUGAGAAUAUAUUUUCUAUUUGUUGCUGAGACUAUAUCUAGUGGCGAUCAAUUGCUGCAUUGGGAAUUAAUCAUGGAUAAAUGUCCCAAAAACGUAUCAAUAAAUUCAACAAGUUCAGUCUCGAACAAAUCGUCUAAUGAGAAAUUAGGAUCGGAAUACAGUAUGGUCGAUAAAAUCAAACGUUCCUUAAUUAUGGAAAAGUCAAGAGAUUCCGAAAACAGUUUGCAAUGGAAAUCGCCAGAAGACUUUCAAACUUCGUUAAGUAUAGAGAAUUCGCAAAUAGAUACAUCCAUAGAUGCAAAUGUGGCUAUUGAAUCUUCCAACUUGACACAUUUAAACAUCGCAUUGGAUGCGAUUAUUGAAGCGACAUAUAACAUGUAUGCUAAUGAAUUACGAUAUGCUCUUAUACAUGCAGUUUUCGUAACGCCAAUACAAUUACAAAUCUAUCAUAUGCCGCACACUCUCCGAGUACCGCGUCUAGUUAAGGUCGCGGAUCCUAAAGGACCGUUCAACAAACAGCUCUACAAGGAAUUGGAAAAGGCUUCCCUUGAAGAAAAGAAAAUGAAUACUAAUGCAAAAAAAGAUCAAAAAGUUAGGGAGGAUUUAAAUAAUGAGGGUCUAAUGACGCCACCAUCUUCUUUAACUGAAGAAGAAACAUUAGUCACCAAUCGUCGAUUUAUUUUACCGUUGAUAGAAGCAAAGGAAGCUGCACAAAUCUACGAGAUGCAUGCAAAGAAUAUGAAAUAA